GUGCCACGUCAGACACAGUGCCACGUCAGACAAAGUGCCACGUCAGCAGUGCCAAGUCAGCAACAUGACAGGCCUGCCAGGCCAACUGGUCAAUGAGCCCAUUGCCGACUACAAAAAGCGCGUCCAUGCUCAACUCGCUGCAAUCGAGGCUGAGGAACAACGCCAGCUGGCAGUCAAGCUACAAGCUGAUGAAGCGACAACAACAAAGAAGUUGCGGCUACAGGCCGAAGCAGACGCAGAUGCCCAGGCUCGCCGCAAGGAAGCCCGGGCUCUGCUGCAGCGGCAUGAAGCCAACAGCAUCGAGAAACUCAAGUACUGGCAUUUUGAACCGAACGGCAACGAGCCAACACCGGAAGAACAGAAUAAGGAACUCAUGGCCAAGCUCGUGAGCAGGUUGGUUUACACAUGUAACCACCUACACUCCGAGUUGGCAAACCUUCAGCGGGCCGUGCGGGACCAUAAGAGUCAGCACGAGGAUGCCACACGGGCACUGGACGCCCGUGUACUGGACCUGGAACAGGCUGUACCAGGACCAGCUGUUGGGGCUUCCAGCAGUGCACCCUCUAGCCGCCAACUGGAGGACCGCGUUGACCACGUAGUGGCAAUGCUCGGCGACAUCAGCACUUUCGCUGCGCCGACCACSACCAUCAGCAGUCAGCUGCAUACAUUGAAGACCGAGGUCCAGCAGCUGCAGACGACGAAUGCGGAUGGCAACCCGAAGAUGUAUAAGAUGUCAACUUUCAAUCUGGAGAGGUUCGACGACUACACGCAGCAGGAUCCGGUCCUCUGGUGGGAAGCAUUCACAACGCAACUCAGGAUUCUGCCCGUAGCCAAGCAUGCGUACAUCGGCGCCUUGUUCCUGAACUCAAAGGGCGGAUGCCAGACCUGGUUGAGCCACUUGGCAACCUCCCACGGCGUCGACGUACCAGACUUGAAGGACCAAAUCACAUGGGAGGAACUGACAUGGCUGUGGAAGAAGCGGUUCAUCGUCGACGACGCGCCGACAUUCGCCAUCAACCGUCUGUUCACCAUGUCACAGGGCAACACUGCAACACGGGACUGGCUCACGGAGUGGCAGAAGAUUGCGGCAGUGCCCAAUCUGGACCUGCCUUUCACUCAUCUCAGACGUGAGUUCUACAACAGAUCCUGUGCGGCAUUGAGCCAGGCUCUUGGUGAUCGCGAGCAGUACUCAACCUUCGCUGAAAUCAUUKACAAGGCGAGGGAGAUCAUCAAGACCAACAGGUCAGCUGCACACGAGAAGUCACCAUGGCAGCCGACCUAUGUGGAGAAGCGGCCGCUACGGCAGCUGCUACUGGUGCAACAGCACCAAGCACAAGACCCUGUGCCAAGAUCAGGGCAAGGAGGAUGUGCGACCCCGCCUCAGCUCGGGAAACUGAGCUCCGCGGAAGGUGAGGCGACUCCACCUUCUACUCCGCCAGAUUCGGCCGCCUUGCUAGCGGCCUCCUGCACAUCUGGGGAGGAUGCGAAUGUCGCAAGUCCUCGGUAUACUUACGAGGAUUAUGCUGUCCACUUGGUUCCACCGCUGGACCAACCGCUCCACGUGCAACAGUCCACCGCAUGCACGGUUUCAUCACCAUCGACAACCGAUUCGGCAGCUUCGCCGCAAUCUAUCGCCGGGGAUUCGACGUUAUGGUCAAGACUUGAAGAGCUCGACCCGUUGACGUUCACGGACUUCCAGUGGAUGCCCGUUCCCUCGACCGGACGAUUGCCGAAACCGCAUUGCAAUGUGCUCAUGGCACAACUGCGGGACUACUUGCACACUGCAGUACCAGCUCCGUUGAUGGACGCCGGAGCAGAGGUUGUCGACCUUCACGCUUACAUCGCGAAGAUCGACCGCGAGUUCAAGACGCAAUGGUACGACGACAUCGACGCACCAUUGCUAUACGUACGCAUUCAGAUUGGAGAGGUGACCAACAGUGCCUUGAUCGAUUGCGGAGCAUCUCGCAACUACAUCAGCCAGGACUUCAUGGUACGCGCCGGCCUUGGCCCACGUGUCYGGAGGAAGUCCCAGCCUACGCAAGUCACUCUGGCAGACGGUCAUACGCACAAGUCCAUCGACCUGUGCAUUGACGUCGACCCAGUGUACUUUACCCCUCACGCAAGUGAGGCGGUGUCCUUYGACAUUCUGGACACCAAAUUCGACAUGAUCUUGGGCAUGUCAUGGCUGCGAAGCGAGGAUCACCCGGUGAACUUCUUCCACCGCACCGUUCACAUCCGUGAUCGGAACGGAGUACUAGUUCCAUGCACGAUGCCUCUUCCUCAUCCUUCGAUCAGCUGCCACGUGGUAUCCGCUGCAAGCAUGCGAGCUUCCAUCAUCAGAGACGACAUCGAGGAGAUGGGGGUGUGUUUUCUCCACGCCCUCCCGCCCCAUGCCGCUUCAUCGACGGACUCACCUUCGGAUCCACGCAUCACCGAACUUCUCGACGCCUACAACGACGUGUUCGAAGGCCCGCACGGAGUAGUACUGGAUCGACCCAUCCGCCACGAGAUCAUCCUCGAGGACAGGGCCGUACCUCCGCGCGGUUGCAUCUACCGAAUGAGCGAGGAAGAGUUAAGUGUGCUCCGCGCACAACUCGACGACCUUCUAGAGAAAGGCUGGAUUCGGCCUAGCUCAUCGCCAUACGGUGCUCCUGUUCUCUUCGUCCGGAAGAAGAACAAGGACCUGCGGUUGUGCAUCGAUUAUCGCAAGCUCAACGCGCAGACGAUCAGGAACGUCGACCCUCUCCCACGCAUCGAUGACCUUCUCGAGCGAGUGGGCGGCGCCCAGUUUUUCUCUAAGCUGAAUCUCAAGUCAGGGUACCACCAACUCGAGAUUCGCGAGGAGGAUCGCUACAAGACCGCGUUCAAGACACGCGACCGCGACACUCGUUUCAUGUCGGCGUUUUGGACUGCUCUCAUGCAGGAGUCCGACACAACAAUGAAACCAAGUUCGGCUCGACAUCCUCAAACAGACGGGCAGACGGAGCGGGCAUAUCAAACCGCUCAAAUGAUGCUUCGUACGCUCAUCCGUCCGAAAAAGAAAGAUUGGGUUGACCGCCUCCCCGACAUCGAGUUCGCCUACAACACUUCGGUGCAUCCGGCGAUCGGCGCGACUCCAUUCGAGUUGCACCACGGUGGACGGAAAGGCCGGAUCUUCGCUGACCUUCUCCUCCCUCAACCAGCCGACAUUGACGCUGCCUGCUCUCCCGCUUCCGUCUGGAAGUACAGGGAAUUGCUGACUCGAGCCCGCGCAAAUAUGCAAAAGGCUCAAGUCCGCAUGCAGCAGCAAGCCAACAGGCGUCGCGUACCAUGUCCCAUCCGCGCCGGUGAUCUGGUUUGGGUCUCCGCGGAAGAGUUUGCACUGGAACAGGAUGUCUCACGCAAACUGCUUCCCAAGUGGUUUGGACCUUGGUCUGUGACAGCAGCCGCGGGCGAUGAGCCCGAUGGCCCUUCAUUUGUGAUCAACAUUCCAGAGCAUCUGACGAUCCAUCCGGUCUAUCACGCCUCGAAGCUGGCAACAUACACGCCAGCCAAGAGCGACGACUUUCCGGACCGACGAUCGCAUCUAUGGAUGGCCAUCAGGAAGUUGACCGCGUCAUCUCCGAUAGCAAGUACGGCAGCAAGCCGCGGCAGUACAAAGUCACAUUCAAAGCAUGCGAUCGCGAUGACACUCGGUGGAUUUCAGGCGCAGAUUUGAAAGCAUCCGCACCGCUGAUCUACGCGGAUUAUGAAAAGCGGAGGUUAGCUCAGGAAGCUUCACGACCAGC